UUUAUCGACCUCCCAUCAACCGCAAUUUCAAACCACCUAGCAACAACGACCGUUGGUUUUCCUACAAGGUUCAACGUUCGUGUUUUUCACAUAGAAAGUGACAAACUUGUUCAGGUGUAGGGCAGAUACAGGUGUAGGUUCAAGAUCUUGUGGUGUGAUGGAGGACGGUGCAGUUCUGGAUCAGACGGAGGACGAGGAGCUGCCACCUCAAGACCAAGACGGCGACCCUGGUGACGAGUGGGACACAGAUCUGGAAACAGACGAUGCCACCAGUCGGAGACAGAGUUUGUCCCGUGCAGAGCUGUACCUGCAGGCUUGUCAGGAGAUCGGGGUCCAUCCUGUUUCUUCCUUCCUCCGCAACUUGAAUGAAACCAGUCUCAACCUGAACCACUACGGUGUGGGGCCACUUGGGGCCAAAGCUCUGGCUAGAGCUCUGGGAGAAGACCGUGUCAUCACCCACCUUGAGCUGGAGGACAACACACUUGGAGCAACUGGGACACACUAUCUGAUGGAGAUGCUUAUAUUAAACAACAGCAUUGAAAGCCUAAACCUUUCCAACAACCAGCUGCAACGUAAAGGAGCGAAGAUCGUCUCCACAAUGCUGGCAGACAAUUACAAGAUCAAAUCCAUCAAACUUUCAGGAAAUGAAUUUGGAGAUUCUGCUAUUAAAUACAUAGCUGAGGUAUUAAAGGGUGACUAUGUGGUCACAGAGCUGGAUCUCAGUAACAAUAAGUUCUAUGAUGCUGGAGGAGAAUACCUGGGUCAUAUGUUAGGCAGUAAUCUAGGUAUUGAAGACCUCAAUCUGAGCUGGAAUCACCUUUCUAUGCGUGGUGCAGCGGCUGUGUGUGCUGCACUGAAGUUAAACUCGACUCUGAAGCAUCUUCAUCUGUCGUGGAAUGGGUUUGGCCACUUUGGGACGGAGAAACUGGGUCAAGCUCUGAAACAAAACAGCACGCUGGUGCUGCUGGAUCUCAGCUGUAACCAUAUAGACGAUGAGGCUGUGACUCUGCUGUGCCAGGGACUGGCUGCCAACAACACACUGAGAGUCCUCAAGCUAUCCCCAAACCCCAUAACAAAUGUUGGAGCUCUGACGCUGCUUACAACUGUUAAAAACAACAAGAAUUCAGCAGUGGAGGAGAUUGAUAUUUCUUCAGUGUUUGUGUGUGAGGCCUUUGUGGAGCUGUUGGAAGAAGCCCGUCAGAGGCGUCCUGCUCUGGAUGUUCGAUACAGUGUCAUGAGCUCCGUCACCAGGAACAUAUCUGCCCUCCAGGUCUUUCAGAAAUUCCUCAAAAUGAAAAAUGAGAGCAUCAUGGACUUUUUCCAGGCUUUGGACAAAGAAGGAACCAUGAAAGUUUCCACCUCUGCCUUCAGGACGGCUGUAAAGGAAGCUAACGUUCCUCUGGAUCAGAGACAGCUCGAGUGGUUGGUCAAGAAGUUUGACAAGAGCUGCUCAGCCACCAUAAUGUACAGUUUGCUGAGCUGUCGUAGAUACAGAGACGUACAUCAGCUCUAAGAUGAGGAUUAGGGAUAACAGAGGAGACACCUUCAAAUGAAAGUGGCUCCAGCGGUAACCACACAGGACACAAUGACAUCACGCACCGUCUCACCUGCACCUCUUCAUUGAGUCGUCUAAAUGGCUUGACACCCUUAAUAUCCUGGGUCAUCAGAACACGAGACAACCAUUUAAACUAAUGUGUUUGUUUGUUAUUUUUUUCACCUUCAUCACCAUUAUGUCGUCCAGGAUCCUCCAGAGAGACAGACAGUCUUCUUUUUCUCCUCCAACAUGUGGUUGACUUCCAUGUCAAAGCUAACGCUGUCAACAUCACUUCCUGAGAAGCUGUCAGAGUUGGGAUAUGCAAACACUUCCAUCUUUUCUCCUCUUCCGUCGUUCGAUCCCCUCCCCUUCUCAUCAUCAUCAAAAUUUCUCUGGAAUGGAUGACCGGAAGUCUGACAACUGGCUGCCAGGGAGGUCCCAAGAUGUUUUGCAGCCCGUCUCCUCUUCCUUUAAUCUUUAACACUGAGGUGGUGAACGCUUCUGGUCUCGUAGAUCAAUGUUUGAAAUAUAACAGAACUAAUGAACUUAAUUAAGUUUAAACAGUUAACUCAACUGAAAUGAUCAGACCAUCGUAUCAGCUUACUAAUCUCAAACACCCCAAAAGCAGCAUUAAAAGUAUUAGUCCUGCUCAUUUUAUAACAGGUUCUAGUCUCGUGUUUUGAAUAUGCUCGGAUGUAGAUUAUAUCUUAAAAAGUUACACCAUAAAAGUUUUCUCCCCUGUCAGAGUUUGUAGCACUGCAUGUCUGUCGAUCACCUGAGUCCUCGGCUGGUUCUGGAUCAGUUUCUGCCUCCUCCAUCUUGAAUCCUUUGCACCAUCUUUACUCUCUCCAUGUUUGUCUUCAUUGUUGCCUCCAGAGUUUCUCUUCAUUCACUCUAAAAAUAUAAAAAAAUCCAGCAGUACAUUUAGCAGUACACAAACUUGCAUAGUGUUAAUUGCAGUA